AUGUCUCUGAAUAUUCGUGUUUGUGCAAUAGUGAUAUUUAUAGUUAAUAUUGUUAACGGUGAUGUGAUAGUUGAAACUACAUCAGGAAAAGUAGCUGGGAGAGAAGUUGAAUCAAUACUACCUAAUGAAAAAUAUUAUUCCUUCUUAGGCAUUCCGUAUGCAAAACCACCAACGGACAAACUUAGGUUUAUGCCUCCGGUUCCACAUCCCGCUUGGGACGACAUUUUACCAACAAAAGUAGAAAAGAAACAAUGUUCGCAGUUCAAUUUGCCGCUAAGAAAUUUAAAACAAUACGGAUAUUUCGGGGACGAAAACUGUCUUCAUUUGAGUAUCCAUACUCCAAAAGAACCUAUAAAUAAUAAUUUAGAUCUACCUGUAAUAGUUUUUCUUCAUAAUGAUCAUUUUAAAAUGUCAUACAACGGUACAAAAUCCUUUGGUCCCGACUUUUUGAUGAAAGAGAAUGUCAUACUAGUCACCAUCAGUCAUAGGUUAGGAUCAUUGGGAUUUCUGGCUUUUGAGGACAAACUACUUCCCGGAAAUAAUGGUAUAAGAGAUGUUGUACUAGCUCUUAACUGGAUAAAAGAUAACAUAAAGAAUUUUGGUGGAGAUCCCUCCAAAGUGACUCUAAUGGGACAUAAAGCUGGAGCAGUCAUAGUGGAUAUUUUAUUACACUCACCAAAAGGAAAGGAUUUAUUUAGUGGAGUAAUAUUACAGAGCGAGACAUCAUUUAGUUCUAUGUACUUCGAUGAACACCCGAAGAAACGAGCAAUCGAAUUAUCCGAUCACCUGGAACAAAAAGCGACGACCAGUGAAUCUCUACUUCAACGACUAUCAGAUGUUCCCGCUCUGAAGUUAACUGAAGCUGAACUUUAUGCUGUACACGCAGAUGAGCCUCGAUCUAUUCAAAGAGGAAUCGUUCCUUUCGGACCCGUUGUAGAAUCUGAAAACCCUGAAUCUAUUAUUUCUAUGCUACCAGAGAGUAAUAAAAAUGAUUUACCAGUCCCAAUAAUGAUUGGAUUCAAUUCUCGAGAAGGAAUCGCUUUAUCUUCCCGCUAUUUACAUAAUCCUAAUUAUUUAACAUACGCAGAUAAAGACUUCUUAAUGCUGUUUCCUAUUAGGGUUGGAUAUACUUUUAAAUUACAUGAUAAAUUAUAUGAGAAAGCGGUUCAAGAAAUAAAAGACUUCUAUUUUGACGAAGGUUAUGUGAAAGUCACUAAUCCUUCCGAAUAUAUAACUUACAUGGGAGAUGUUACGCAUUUUUACCACAUCGAUUACACCGUCCGAACCUAUGCAAAUAUUUCAAGUAAACCCAUAUAUUACUACAUGUUUGAUUACAGCGGAGAAUUGAACUUUAGAAAGAAAUCAAUCCUCGAAGAUAGCUUGAGUAUAGAAGGAACGUGGGGCGCGUCUGGAGAUGAUGAUUUAUGUUACGUAUUCGUUUGUCAUCCGUAUAAAAAAGUAUAUAAAAAAAUAUUGGAAAGUGAUGAUUCUGAGGAAUUAAAAGUUCUUCAAAACAUGGUCAAAUAUAUUACAAAUUUUGCAAAGACCGGAAAUCCAACACCCCCUGGAAGCCCAAUCAAUUGGAAGCCAGUAACAAAAGAGAAUAGACAAUGUUUAAUAAUCAGUGAGGAACCCAGGAUGCAGAAUAAUAUUUAUGAAGAUAAAGUUUCUUUUUGGGAUAACUUUAUAGAAAAGUAUAGACAGCUUGCAGUGGAUGGAGUGGUUAAAGACGUGCAUGAGGAACUGUAG